GAGCUGGACAGCGGCUGAAGUUGGGAAGUAGCGUAGAGGAUCCCGCUACAGAUGGAGCUUUUGCGCUCCACAUACAGUUUUCUCCCUCAAAAUGACUACAGAUGCAGGUGGAGGCAAACAGCAAAAGGCCGGUGAUGUCGGGGGACGCUGGUAGGGUCUAAUAUUCCACGUAUAUCGCCGAAUAUCAACCGGCUCAAAUCGAUUCAGCUCAGAAGCUAUAGUGAAGGUUUGCUGGCUGACAUUUCCCUGGCGGAACAAUCGCAAAGUGGAUAUAUAUUCCGAUCGCGAUGUCAGGCAGACGCCCGUCUCUACCACCAAUGCCUGAUCUAAGUCAUCUCACCGAAGAAGAGAGGAAAAUUAUUGAGGAUGUAUUACGGAGACAGAGGGAAGAGGAAGAUCGGGAAAAUGAAAUGAUAAGGCAAAUGCAAGAUGAAUUCGACAACUAUCAACAGUCGGUGAAAAAACUUGGGGAGGAGACGAAGAAGCUAACAACGACGGACUCUGACUCUGGAGCCGUAUGUGAGAUCUGCUGCAAAACCAAGUUUGCUGACGGUGUGGGACAUAAGUGCAAUUACUGCUUGUUGCGAUCUUGUGCCCGCUGUGGAGGUCGUAUCUCAUUACGUGGCAACAAGCCGACCAAGGACACUCGCCCCUUCCCAGCCCCUCCACCUGGUGCUACUCCACCCACAAUCUGGGCGUGUAAUCUGUGUCGGAAAAAGCAGGAGAUUUUAGCGAAGACAGGCGCCUGGUACCAUGGCGGAAUGGCCAAGCCCGUUGCAUUGGAUGUGGGCGACACAACAUCCGAAUGUGAGACCGCUUCAACCAAAACUGACAUCAGCCCUCCGACAGAAAAACGCCCCAAAAUGUUGGAGAAGAAGCCCGGUGAUGGAAGCCAAGGUUCAGAGAAAGAGAACAUUGAAGUGCGUCCUGACGGUAAACCUGCGGUGACACGUACCGGAAGUCUUCAGGGGAGAGAACUCAAGCGACAGUAUUCCAUGACGGAGCAGGGCACAGUGAAAACUGCCGAUAGCAAAGAUAGAACUUUAGCGGAAAAAUCAGUGCCUCAACAUAGUCAUAGGGACUCUGACAAACUACGAGACCGUGGUCACGUGUCAGACACUGGUCGCCAUGGAGACAGGGAGCGUCACCAUGGCGACCGACACGGUCAGAGUCGAUCGGUGAGUGACCUUGACAAAGGACAUGAACGAGGUCGAGGGGAGCGCGAGCGUCACCGCUCCCGACGAUCGCAGGAUCCGCAUGCUGAGGUACCUGCGGAGGGCGCGGACCCAGCUACUCAGGAUCCACGUUACAGGGAGCAAUCUGCGGAUCGCUACGCAGAGGAAAGGGAGCUACGCCAUGCGCGGCGGCAGGGGGUGUCGCCAGGUGUGGAUCGCUAUGGCGACAGAGAGGACAAGCGAGAAAGGAGGAGGGAACCCUCUAGGGAUAGGAGAGGGUCUCGGGAGUCAUCAUCAGGACGGGGAGGCUAUCCGGAUGACACAGAGAGAUCUGAGCGGAGACGAGAGCCAUCACGGGAGAGAUUCCACGACAGGAUGUUAGAAAACCAAGCAGACUAUGCAGCCACCAGAGACAGGCAUCUAACAGAGCCUUACACAAGCACUAACAAGUACGACCGAGAAGUGCGACACGCCGAAAGAGCAAUGGCCGAGAACUCAAAUCAAAGUGUAGAUAGGAAGAGCGGCAGUCGGCAUCGACAUGAUCGCAACAAGGACGUUAAAGACCAGCGAUCGCCCAGCCACGACCGUGGAGAGCGCGCCGAAAGGAGUGAGCGCGGAGAACACGGUGAAAGGUCAGAGCGUUUGAGAGACAGGACGGUGAACGCGCACACUGAGCAAUACGAUCAGUUUACAAAUUCCCGCGGCUCCCCCGCAGGAUCUAAACAUUACAUCCGCGUGGAUCACGUGGAAGACAUGCGGCCGGAAGACACGGACAAAUUCACAGACCAUAGCAAACAACACUUGGACCCUAGCUCCGCAGCCACGAAGAACUCGCGCAGUAGCCGGCGCAAGGUGGAGGCCAUGAUUAUACGAAAUGAUUCGCUUAGCUCCGACCCUUCUGACUGUGUUAGACCCCCUCCGCCUAAACCGCACAAGCACAAACGCGGCAAGAAACAGCGUCAACAGUCUCUGAGCAGCUCGGACGACGAAAUACGAUCCACUCCGGAGUGCUCAAGCUGCGAAGAGCAAGACCUUGAAAGUGAAAGUGUGAGCGAAAAAGGGGAUGUAGAAAGCAUUGAGGCAUGCAAACGAACUGCUUCAGGUAGACCUGACGAUAAACAGUCUAAAUUAGUACGAUUUGGUCGCGGCGAGGGACAAAGCAUGGAAGACGAAAGUGGCUGGUCGGAACCUCUAAUUAAAGACUCGGGCAUAGAUACAGGGUUUUCAAGUAGUAGUCAAACUCUGAAUGAAGAACUCCUCAAGCACCCAGUAACAUGGCAGCUGUCCACAGAUGGGACUCGAUGGAUUGGUCACAUGAUCUUAAAGAAAGCUGUUCUCGAAGGAACAGGUCCGAAGGACUCCAGUGCCAUUUUAGGGUUAAAGGUCAUUGGGGGCAGAAGGUCAGAUUCAUCCAACAAAUUAGGGGCCUUUAUAACAAAGGUGAAAAAAGGAAGCAUUGCUGAUACAGUAGGACAUCUUAGGUCAGGUGAUGAAGUGGUGGAGUGGAACGGGCGGCCAUUACAAGGCGCUACGUUUGAAGAAGUGUACGAGAUUAUCCUGGAAUCUAAACAAGAACCUCAAGUGGAAUUAAUAGUUCACCGCAGUGUCAGACACGGUGAGGUACCCCCUGGUGUUACCUCAGAUCAUGCCAAAGUCGCUUUACAUGGCACACGUGGUCAUAAGAAGGGUCGUGUGUCUGAUCGCUCUGAUCGUAGACCAGCUUCCCCCUUCCCAGACGAGGUGUUCACUAGCGACACACAGUCUGACCGUGAGAGCGUAGACACACCCCUUAACCCCUGGACCCUCCCCAGAUACCAGUAUAUUUAUGAAGGAACGGGGAUGUCAGGCUAUAGGAGUGGGGAUUAUGUCAAAGACUCAUUGCCAGUGGUUCAAAGGACGCGUCCAAGUGUCAUGGUUACCUCCCCUGGUUCUCCGAGCUCUGCUGGCACCAGGGGGCUCUCUCCUCAAAUUCUAGGCAAAAUUCAGGUGAAAUUGUGGUAUGAUGUUCAGAACUACCAGUUGGUCGUGACCAUUAUCAAUGCUGUAGAUCUUCAGCUGCCAGCCACAGACAAACCCAGGAAUCCUUACUGUAAACUCUACCUGCUGCCCGAUAGAAGUUUGGAUCGGCGAAGAGCUAAAAAGCUAAGUGAAAAGAGCAAACGUCGAACUAAAACCUGUGCCAACACGACAGAGCCUUUAUGGAACCAAGCCUUUCUCUUCUCUCCAAUAAAGGAGUCCGAUUUUCGGGAGCGUGUCCUGGAGAUCACAGUAUGGGAUUACGACAGAGUCGGAGCCUCAGAGUUCCUCGGAGAGGUUUUGAUUGACCUGACUACCAUCAAUCUGAACGAUGACCCCUACUGGUAUCCUCUGGUUUACCACGACGACGCCAGCAUCCCGCUACCAAGUACCUCACCUAGAACGAAAGUUAGCAAGGAUCCUUACGACCUCAGAAAAGACCAUUUAUCUCCCCCUGUCAGCACCAGAGGGCUCUCCGAUAGUGAUAUGUCAGAAUUUGACUUUGAUGAUAGCAUCGGGGUGAUCCCUGUUGUGGGCCGGGAGGACAUGGAGAGACGCAGGCGAGCUGCCUAUGCACAGAAUGACAAGCUCUCCGUGCCUGACAAGGGAGGCAGCACUGGUACCUCCAGACAACAAAGGUCAAGGUCACCGGGUCCUCAAGGUGCUGCAAGGUCACGCUCAAGGUCACCUGGGAGGAACCGAGUACCAGAGACUGUUUCUAGAUCAUUGUCUCCUCCUGAAAUGAGAAUGCUCACCUCCAGUAGAGGGCAUGCCAUCCCAGGGUCUUCCAGGUCGGCUGGUGGCACACCUUCCAGUACGCCCUCCCCUAAGAAGAGACAGCUACCCCCGAUUCCACUUGAGGCACAGAGAGCUUCCAGAGAUAGAGUGACUCAAGAUUUAGAAGAGCGUGCCCGUCAGAUGAAGAUGAAAAUGUACAAGCAGAUGUCUGGAGCGCCGAUGUCCGACAGCGAGACGUCGUAUCACAGACGGGGCAGGGAUCGUGAGCGGGAGAGAGACCGGUUGGACAGGGGAGGCUACCACGACAGGACAAGUAGAUUGUCGUCACGGGACAGGGAUCCUGUGAGAAGUUACGAGCGUGGGUCCUCGCGGGACUCGGACAGGGGUCACAGGAGCAGGAGGACCAAAGAGUUCAGUCCGGAUGUGUCAGACGAUAACAUGCCUAGUGAUGCAUCGGAAACAAGUGACAUGUCAGAGGUUUCCAAGGUCAGCACAAUUAGCAUUCGCUCAACACCGUCGGAACGACCAAGGAGGAAUUUCAGUCAAUUCGCAUCGAAGAUGGAAAGCAGAACAACAAUCCCGCGAAAACAGGUAACUCGCAGUUCCUCGUCAGACAGCCAGAGCCUGGAUCAAAAUGACGGCAGCAUCUCAGACUCGGCUGUCACCAGCAGUAUUACGGAGGGGCGAAAACGCAGGCCCAGCCUCAGUCACAAGAUGGCCUCCUUGGUGGGCCUUGGGGGCAGGAGAAGCAGCAGUGCCUCACAGCUCGGAGGUUCGGGGAAGAAAAAGAGUUCCUUCCAGAGAAGUGAAGAGGUGGGCUCCACAGGUGAUUUGAGUAAUAAGAUGUUGAAGCAGACCAGCAAGGACUCCAACGACGGCAGCUUGGGCAGCAUCAGUAGUGACUCCUCCACGCAGAUGUUUUUACCGACGGCGAUGCGUCUAGGGCCUGAAGGUCAGUUCGGGGAUUUUGUGGAAGGACUGGGGCCUGCUCAGCUUGUGGGGCGACAAGUGUUGGGGUCACCCUGCCUCGGUGAAAUACAGCUCGGAUUGUACGAUCGAAAAGGUCAUUUAGAGGUUGAGGUGAUUCGAGCAAGGGGAUUGCUGGCCAAGUCUGGCGCCAAAGUACUACCUGCUCCCUAUGUUAAGGUGUACCUUAUGGAUGGGAAAAAUUGUGCUGAGAAACAAAAAACAACAGUCGCUAGGCGGACCUUAGAUCCUUUAUAUCAACAGCAGUUAGUCUUUAGUGAGCCUUAUACAAGUAGGAUACUUCAGGUGACAGUAUGGGGUGAUUAUGGACGUAUGGACCGCAAAGUCUUCAUGGGCGUUGCCCAGAUUUUAUUGGACGACCUCGAUUUAUCAAACAUUGUGAUUGGCUGGUACAAAUUGUUCACGGUGUCCUCCCUGGUGGGCCACCAUUCUUCGCAGGGGUCACAGGGGUCACUACACAUGCGGCGAAGUUCCACGUCCUCCUUAGAUUGCGGAUACAAUAGCAGCUCUCGCUCCUAGUACCACUAGUUAACCUUAGGUUUCUCUUUUAUA